AUGGCGGACUCUGUAGAUCGGGUCUUUGUCCAUGCCCUCAACACAGUCAAGAAAAUUCCCAAGACGGGCGCGUCACGGCCACCGCCCUCCGAACGACUCCGUCUCUAUGGACUCUACAAGCAAGCAAUGGAAGGUGACGUGGACGGCGUCAUGGAGCAGCCCAUGGCCAGCACGGGCCUGGCCGCCGAGGAACUGCAGCGGGAACGCGACAAAUGGGACGCAUGGAAUUGCCAAAAAGGCAUCAGUCGCACGGAAGCAAAGAGACGUUACAUUGAGGCUCUCAUUGAAACUAUGCACCGAUAUGCUACAACAGCAGACGGGAGAGAGCUGGUUUCAGAACUCGAAUUUGUAUGGAACCAGAUCAAGCACAACAGUCCCAGCGCGAGCGAUUCCUCACCACAAGCUACGGUACCACCCCGACGUUUCACGCAACCGAUGAGCGGCAGCGAUGGUCCCAUGAAAAUGUUGAGCCCCAUGAGCGAACAAGACGAAGCAGAGCUGCGAUCCCAGCGGCAAAUGGAUCUAGAAGACCGCGAAAUGGGGCACGAUGUCAGCGUAGGAAGCGGUCGGUCACAGCGGAAGAUGGAACGCGCCAUCACAAAGCUGUCUGCUGAGGUGGCCGCCUUACGGGAGCAGAUCUCCACCGGGCGAGAGUGGAAAUCAAAGAAGGAGCGUAGCUUCCCAUCAUGGCUUGGCUGGCUCGUUUGGUCCAUCAUGAAGCACCUUCUCAUCGACUGCGUAAUCCUGUCCCUCAUCCUGGUGUGGAUGAGGAAGCGCAAGGAUCGGCGUCUUGAAGACCUUGUCCGUGCAGCCCUAACUCUCGUACGAGAAUACGUGAGGAAUAUUGUCCCAUCGAGGUGA